AUGAGAUUGCCAAAGUAUGAUUUUGGUGCAAUUCAAGUCCCUCCCUUUUGCAAUGGAAAAGUGAUGCCUGUUGACUUGACUGAAUGGGAGUCAUCUGGCCGGGUAUCAGAUUUUUGUGAUUCAGAACUUGCCUACUUCCUCAAACAGAUACAGAAUGGUUUCACCAUCACUUUUGUCAACACUCAAUAUAUUCACCACCAGAUAACCAAAUCCCAACCCAACAACAAAACUGAACAAGAUCACACUCAUCAGACAGCUGAUCUUCUCUUUCAGAACCUUGACCAAUUUCUUGAGGGUCAUUUACAUGUCUACCCUGCCCAUGUUGAUGAACUGGUUGGAGAUUUAGUCCAAUCUGACCCCUCAAUCACUUGCUUUAUUGCUGAUACCUUCCACACCUGGCCAGAAACCAUAGCCAACAAGUACAACCUUGUCAAUGUUUCCUUUUGGACUCAACCAGCUUUAGUCCUAAGCAUCUACUAUCACUUGGACCUCCUCAGACAAAAUAGUCAUUUUGGUUUUCAUGAUAAACGUGAGGACAGCAUCGAUUACAUACCGGGUGUGCAGGCAAUUGAACCAAAAGACUUGAUGUCACAUCUCCAAGCUACUGAUUUAUCAUCCCCAAUGCUCAGAACCAUAUGCAAGGCAUUCCAUGAAGUUAAAAGAGCAGAUUUUAUUUUGAUUAAUACAGUGCAAGAACUUGAAUCUGAGACCCUAUCAGCCUUGCACGAGAAGCAGGCCACAUAUGCAAUUGGCCCUGUCUUCCCCAGUGAACCCACUAAGAGUAUUGUGGCUACCAAUCUGAUGUCUGAGUUUGACUGUACUCAAUGGCUCAAAUCCAAGCCUCAUGGUUCAGUUUUGUUUAUUUCAUUUGGUAGUUAUGUUCAAGUUACUACAAAAGAUUUUGAGGAAAUAGCUCAUGGACUUUUGCUUAGUAAAGUGAGCUUCAUCUGGGUACUUCGCCCUGAUACUACAAGUUAUGAAGAAACCAAUAUCCUACCCGUUGGAUUUGACGAUGAGAUUAAAGACAGAGGGAUGAUAGUGCCAUGGUGCUCUCAGAUUAAGGUGCUUUCACAUCCAGCAGUAGGAGGGUUCUUAACGCAUUGUGGAUGGAAUUCCGUACUUGAAAGUAUGUGGUGUGGUGUUCCCAUGCUGUGUUUUCCUCUAUGGACUGACCAAAUCACUAAUAGGAAACUAGUAGUUGAUGAUUGGGGCAUUGGACUGAAUAUUUGUGAUGGGGUAAAACCUAUCACAAGAGUGGAGGUGGCAGAGAAGAUCAACCAUGUGAUGAGUGGAAAAUUGGGCCAUGGUUUGCAGAAGGAGAUAAAAAAUGUGAGGCAAACAAUGGAGGAUGCAUUGACUUUAAAUGGGUCAUCACAGAAGAAUUUCUUUCAAUUCCUAAGUGAUGUGAAGACCAAAGUUCAGACACGAAACUGACUUCCGCAUUGCUACAAUCUUGUGGUUCUGCUUCAUCAUCUCAUUGUCAUUAAAUCAUCAUUAGCAUAAAACGCUUCAUUAGCAAUGUGAAAUCCAAAAUACACAAGAAUGUGGCAUAUCUGAAGAUCUAUUAUCAUGUUUUAAAUCAAUAUUAUUGAGCUGUGUUCCAGUCUCUGAUGAAA